AUGCCGACGACCAUAGAUAUUCGCUUCGACGGCACCAACACCCACAUUCUCUCUGAAAAAGCGAUACGCGAGGGUUGGGACACAUUCAUCUUCUACAAGAACCUGGUAAGACCUGGUAACCUCUUCAUAGGCCUGAACACUGCAAGACACAACUUGGGACGGGCUGAUGUCGCUAGGUGGCUCAGCAUUUUGGUCAAUGGUACAAUCACGCAUCCACCUGAGAUUUACAAUUGCGCCAUCAAAGAGGUAGACGUCUUACAGUAUUUGCCAACUAAAAUGGCAGAAAAGCCUAUCAGUUGGACGGAGCCGAAGACCUGGGCACCUGGAAACUAUACCUUGGAGACAUAUCGCAUGUUUGAUCAAUAUUGGACGAACACUACUCCAGAAACGUUACAGGUUUGGAUGUCAGGUAAAGAGGUUUUUCCCUCAAAAGACAUCAAACCCGUUUAUACCAUCGAACCUGUAUGUUCUUCCAACUGGCCUGCAGACGAUACAAAGCGAAUGCAAAAAUCUAUGUCUUUCCCCAUGCCGAUACAAAAUAUGAUUAUUCUACCUUCGCUUUUGGUUGACGAUUUUUAUCUAAACCGAUUUGGUUUUGACAUUCAAAUGGGACGGUUCGUUACGUUCCCCGGUAUCCCUCCUAAAACGAACUCCCUUCUUCAAGCUACAUGCUUGAAGACCACGAGCAGUUCAAACGUGUACAUGGCACGCCAUUUUAGGGAAUGCUUGAGGGUGCAUUGUUUCUUUGGGGAUAUCAGAGCUGAGAAUGGUUUGGAUAAGAUUUGGGCAAGGAGCCAGGAGUGGGAUGUGAAGAGGUUCCACUCGUGGAUCGGGACAUUAUCGACGUUGCUCUUCGCCGGUGGUGGAGUUUAA